AGAUGGAUAUGUUGAGUCUUCUACUUUGUGUUCUGAUCAUCUGCACUUUGGUUCAGGCCCUAAUAUCACUUGCAAAAUCAAGCAAAAACAGUCCCGGCAAGCUUCCGCCGGGACCGACACCUCUGCCACUCAUCGGAAACUUACUCAAACUAAGUGACAAGCCUCACAAGUCCCUAGCCGAGCUUGCCAAAAUCUAUGGUCCUAUCAUGACCAUAAAACUAGGCCAAGUAAACACAGUUGUCAUUUCUUCACCAACCAUGGCUAAAGACCUCUGCUUCUCCAACCGAUCCAUCCCGGACAACGUCCAAGCCCAAAACCACAACCAGUUCUCUGCCACUUGGAUGCCUAUUGCAACUCAAUGGCGAAAACUCCGCAAAAUCUACAAUUCCCACGUUUUCGCCGCUCAACAACUCGACACAAACCAACACCUACGGCAUCAAGUGAUGCAAGGACUGAUCGCCGAGGUUCGCGAAAGCUGCGAGCUAGGUGUGGCAGUGGAUAUUUGCAAAGCAGCAUUUAGAACAACGUUUAAUUUGCUGUCGAACACAAUUUUUUCCAUGGAAUUGUCGGAUGAUUGGAACAGGGACAUUGCACGGGAGCGGAAGGAGGCAGUGUGGAGUUCCAUGGAGCACUUUGGCACGCCCAACUGGUCAGAUUACUUCCCUGUGUUGAAGAAGAUUGAUCCACAAGGGUUGUCUCUCAAGCAAUGAUGUGUUCGGUGCUCUUCUCAAUAUCAGUGGAGUUGAUCAGAGUGACUCAAUCGAUCGAACUCAUAUCCAGCAUUUGUUGCUGGUUAGUACUCUUUCCAAUUGUUGUCCCUUUGGCCAGGAUUUGUUGGGUGAAUUAUAGGAUUAAACGCUAACACUAUA